CGCAGCAGAGCCGGGCUGUCACCUCCCUCCACCCGCGAGCUGCUGCCGGAGCAGCCGCAACACCACCUCCCAUCCCCAGGACACGCCGGGAUACUCCCCUGCUGCACAACAGAACAAACCCCGGCCGUGCUGGAGGCUUUAGCGCCUGGCUGGAGGGGCUAAGGGGCGGUAGUUAGCUUCCCGGGAGCGGGGCGAGCUGCGUGCCGUCGGUCGGUGCGCGAAGGUCGGGCAGAGUGUCUUCUAUCUGGCGGCGUGGAGGACGGAGCACUAGCAUUGUAACCCUUCCUGUCACUCAUACGUGGAGACUUAUCCCCGCGUUUGCAGGUCUGAUGUGGGUGUAUUGUGCCUAUAAUCUAGUGGUGUAGCCUGUAGCAGCUAGUGGAGCUAAGCAGGGCUCUGCGGGGACCGGAGCAGCCGGAGGAGCCGGAGCCGGGGAGAGGGUUCACCCAGCCGGGGGGGAGAGCGACGCGGCUCCGCAUCCUACUAGCACUCAAAAAGGGCCAGGAUCGGUUUCCUCUACAUGGAUCAGUGGUGAUCACCGACACACACCGCAGGACUCAAACAUGGCUUCGGCCGCCAGCAUCGCCGCGAACAUUGCGAGCAAAACCAAGACCAAGAAGAAGCACUUCGUGGCCCAGAAGGUGAAGCUGUUCCGGGCCAGCGACCCGCUGCUCAGCGUGCUCAUGUGGGGAGUCAACCACUCGAUAAAUGAAUUAAGCCAUGUUCAGAUUCCCAUUAUGCUCAUGCCAGAUGACUUCAAGGCCUACUCUAAGAUUAAAGUGGACAACCAUCUCUUCAACAAGGAGAACAUGCCCAGCCAUUUCAAGUUCAAGGAGUACUGUCCUCUGGUGUUUCGAAACCUCAGGGAGAGGUUUGGCAUUGAUGAUCAGGAUUUCUCGAACUCUCUGACACGCAGUGCUCCCUUGAACAGUGAGGCCCAGGGACGAAGUGGGGCUCGUUUCCAUACCUCCUACGACAAGCGCUACGUCAUUAAGACCAUCAGCAGCGAGGAUGUGGCUGAGAUGCAUAACAUUCUGAAGAAAUAUCAUCAGUUCAUUGUGGAGUGCCAUGGGAACACGCUGCUGCCUCAGUUUCUCGGGAUGUACCGGCUCACAGUGGAUGGAGAUGAGACCUACAUGAUUGUUACACGCAAUGUCUUCUCUCAUCGCCUUUCCGUCUUCAAAAAAUAUGACCUCAAGGGUUCCACUGUGGCAAGGGAGGCCAGCGACAAGGAGAAGCAGCCACCCCAACCAGAGGAUGUGCCCCCAAGGCCCAAAUCUGGUAAUGUUCAGCAAAGGCUGCAAACACUGCGGAUUGCCACGCGCUUUUACUGCGCCAUGAAACACGUAAGAGAUGCCAAGGAGCUGCCCACCUACAAGGACAAUGACUUCAUUAACGAUGGGCAGAAGAUCCACGUUGAUGACGAGAACAAGAAAAUGUUCCUGGAGAAGCUUAGGAAAGAUGUGGAGUUCCUGGCCCAGCUGAAGCUCAUGGAUUACAGUCUGUUGGUGGGGAUCCAUGACGUUGAGCGUGCAGAGCAAGAAGAGGUGGAGAGCGAGGACAAUGACGCAGAGGAUGAGGGUGAGAGCGACGGUGGCGGCGUCGGGACGCCCCCUGACAGUCCCAGCAACACCCUGGAUAGCACCAAGCCUCUGGGACCUGGCGAGUUUGAUCCCACCAUCGAUGUCUAUGCCAUCAAAAGCAACGAUGCUGCUCCCCGGAAGGAGGUUUACUUCAUGGCUAUUAUAGAUAUCCUGCAGCAUUACGAUGCCAAGAAGAAAGCUGCUCACGCCGCCAAGACGGUCAAACAUGGGGCCGGGGCAGAGAUCUCCACGGUGAACCCAGAACAGUACUCCAAGAGGUUUUAUGAUUUCAUCACCACCAUCCUGUCAUAGCCUCCAGGAGCCACAGAGGCACAAAGGAAAGAGGGGGGCGAGUGGGGAGUAGGGUGGAGAAGAGAAGUCGCGGAGAGGAAAACCAUAGAAAAGCUGAAUGAAUAAGGUGCUGUGAUGGCUUUGUAUCGCUCUCCCUCAUUCAUCCUCCUGAUCCCUCACCGUUUGGGUCUCUCUUUCAGCGAGGUGCCGCAUUCUGCAGCUAAACAAGACGUUGUUUGUUUACAUUUAACCUCUCCUCUGUUCGGUCCUGUUCAUGUGUUACUUCCGAUGAUUGGGUUCUUAACAGCAAGUGUCCGAGUCAUUACAUUUUUCAUGCGUUGAGUUGUUUUCGUCAUUGUUACUAAUAUGGGGGUUUGGCUUCCUUUCUUUGUAAUUUCCCUUAACACAUCAGUCACCUGCUUUCUUAAUUUGAGGUUGACCAUUUUCCUCAUGAUUAUUGGGAGGUUGUGGAGGGUGUGAUGUGUGUACAGAGUGAGGACAAGCCAAAUGCAGAGGUCAGAUUACAGCACAGAGCCAAGGCUUGGGUAGGACAUAAAGAGGAACGUUGUGUUGAGCCUUUUUACUAAUGCAGUUGCUUCAUUUCAGGAAGUAGGAAGCAGUCUUCCAACAGGCCAACAGCCGAACCCACUCCCAAAAGCUAUACAAGCACUCAGCCAAACAAAUCUUCCCAUUUGGUUUAUCCUGCAUUGCUCAAACACUUCCCCUUCCCCUCCUGUUACGAGUGUUUGAAGCUUCUGGGUUAUUCUCGCUCUACACCACUUCUCGUUUGCUAAAUUAUACUGUUUGCUUACACCUCAGCGUCUGUCAGCGGACUGUUUUCUUUUUAAUGAUAAAGGGAAGGACGUGUAUCCUUAAAAUGAAAAGAAGAGAACUUCUUUACCGUCAUUGAUUCUGAAAACAUUAGUUGGAAGUUGUGGUUCCUGUUCCUGUUGCAGAGAAUGGCCCAGAAGUCAUGAGUGAGUGGCUGCAUCACAGCGAGUCGCUAUUUAUUAUAGUUUAGUCACUUAGGGAAACAUCAGCAGCCCUGAACUUUCUGUUGCCAGCAGCACCUUAUGAGUAAAAUCAAAACUGUUGCACUUUCAUUUGUUGUCAGAAGCUGUUGCUCUUUUACAUGCGCAGCAACAAAGAAGAGUUGAGUUUAGAAGGCUGAUCUCAAGUCUCCGCCUCCCUCACAACUUCUCACCCGUCGCUGCUUCUUAUCUGGUUCGUUUUGGGAAGAAUUUACUGCAAUAUUUCAUGGAGCAGAAGUGGACGAGCUCUGUUUUCAGAGCUUUUGUAAAGUAACCUCUCCGAUCCUUUUAAGAAGCGCCUGGUGGAGUUGUGGCGGUGGGUUUGGGGGGACCAGGCAUCAGUGAGACUAUGUUUGUGCUUUCAGGGCAAACAAAAGGCAGUUUACCUCCAGCAUCGUACCAGCACACACCCAGCGGUGGCCCAGGGUGUGUGUGUCAGUGUUCAAAAGUUGGAACAGGGAAGAAGGAGGUUGGGAAGAGUAGCUACAAUUAUGUGUUAAGUCAUUAAAACCAACGGCAUCGUUAUCUAACCUCUGACUCUUAUCUGUUUUUGUGUUAUUAUUGUUAACUUUUUUUUUUUUAAGGUGGAAUAUCUUUGUUAGAAUUUGGUGGUGUUCUGAAUUGUUGUGCUAAUAUUUUUUUUUUUUUUUUUGGUCUGUUUAAUGUUUUUUUGUAUAUUUUGCACAAGAGGAAAGGAACCAAAUGUCACGAAUACGACCCCAUUUAGUCGAUACGGUCAUAACAAGGGAAAUGCAAUAUACUGAUGUGAAAGUGAGACAAGCUGUUCUGUGUGUGACUUUUAAGAAUCACCUCUGGUUAACCUACGAAAACAAGUGAAGUUGUUCUUCUUGGCUAUUCUAACCCAUGCAAAAAGCUUCCGUAACAUCAUAUUUGUUUAGAUGUCAUAGAUUAUAUUCACAUUGAUAUUUUUUACAUUGGAUUUUAGUCUUGAAAAUAUAGUUGUAUUUGAGGAAAACAGAAAAAAAAACGAACAAAAAAAAAGACAAGGAGUCACCCGUCGGAGUGAGUGAUGGUGCUGUGGUAAUGAAGAAUGGUGGUGUUUGAAUUUUUACAAUUUAUAAAUGUACGUUUAAAACAUUAAAAAGAAAAAUGCAUGUUGCAGGACUAAGUUUCCGUUCCCGUCUUUAGUGUCGUUGUGUGUUCAGGCGCGUGUGUCCCUCCGCUUUAACCACAUCCGUCAGCGUCUAAUAGUCCCUACCAUGCUUUAAAUAACUGUUUUUCAUUGUAUACACUGUGCAAGUUGUGUGCCUUUAUACUCCAAAUUAUUUAAUUUUAUAUUUUGUAAUCUUUUUUUAAAGCAAAUGUAAAAGGUUAUUUUAAUAAUAGGGUAUUUACUUUGACUAAUUAUUUUCCACUUUUUUCCUUUCAUCCCCGUUCCUUCCUCCACUUCAGCACGUCUGUGCGGAGGUUCAUUGUCGUCACUCGUCAUCAGUUCAGUAAAACUGUCCCAAGCUUUGUGUUAGACUGAGAUAAAAGGUGAAUAUUUGAGGAUAUUUGUUUGGACCCUGUACAUGUAACUCAUCAAUAUGAUUAUCCUGACUGCUCAGACUGGAGGUGGCGUCUGCUCACAGUUAACCCUUUGUUGGUUCAUGCUGGUCCUACAUUUAUUAACCGUGAGUGUGAGUGUGUGAGUGUGUGUGAGUGUGUCAUGCCUGCUUCGUUGUGCUCUUCCUCUUUAACGGAUGGCUUCCACCAGCUUCAGAGUGUGUCGGCAUGUUGUCAAAUCCGUCACCAACCACAGAUGUAGUCAGAUGGGUCUCUUUGUUUUGUUUCCAGUUUUGUCCAUGAUUUCACCAGCUUUUGAUGUACGGAUCUGAAACUGGUUUAUGUUCUGUGCAUUUUUUGUUUUUGUUUUUUUUUUUUUGUCCAGGAGGUUGUCAGCCGUUAGUUCCUCUGCAGUCAGUAGUUGGCUCGUAUUUCUGUUUUCCUUCCCUGCAAACGGUCUGUUUUGUCCCUGUUCCCACAUGCAAGCAGCUCCUAAAUGUACAUAAAGAAAACAGGGAAUGAGGGAAUCCUCCUCUCAUCCGCCUUGCUCUGUUCGGCUCUGUUUGGUGCAAGUAAAGAAAGCAGAGCAGUGGAAACGGUGGAGGCGGACUCGAGCAGGCCGCGCUGCCGAACCCUGAAAUGAACAAGUCCUGGCUUCAGCGUCACCCCGUCAGCCAUCCUGCUGCCACUCUUCACUUGCCAAAAGCAUCUCUGCAGUCAGAAAUACCCCACACGAGCUUGAAGAACAUAGUGUAUUGUAUAAUGUGUCUGUUUAAACAUAUUUUUUUUCUCUGUGGUAGAUGGAGUGAGGUGUGCAGUGCUUUUAUGUGAAUGUGUCCAAAGUUACGGGAAACAGCCCUGUGUUGAUGUGGUUUCUCAAACUAAAGGGAAAUAUGAGAUUACAAAUGCAAACGACUGAAGAGCAGGCUUCUUCUGCAGAUGUGGGGCUCGUUUUUCGGGGCCUCAAAGUUAAAAAAAAACUCUGUUUACAUUAUAUUCCUCCCAAAUCGUUGAGUUGAAUUUGCAUGUAGAAAUCCAAAUCCUCCCAUCACACCAAGAGACACGCUUCCACAUCUGCAGAGGGCUUCGGUCUCCACUAAAACAGCCUCCAUUGCUUUUGGAGUACAAGACUUGAAGAGUUACUGUGUGUAUGCGCGAGUGCACAUUCAUGUAUCGCUGUCUGACAACGGGUGGAGAGUGUUUCCCUUCAGUGGCAGAGGCCAAAAUGAUCUUGUAUGUUUAAUGUUCUUCACAUUUAAUGAUGAUAAUUAUAAUACACUCCAUUCCAUAAGCGUUCACUCAAACAAACAAUUAAAGCACUUGUUCUGCUUAACUCCA